UGGGGGGAAAGUGCUUCCAGGGUAUGAACAGAAUCUCCUUACCAACACCUUUCGCUUCCACUUCCCAAUUAAUAUUAUAUAUAAACAAAGAUGGGUCAGACAUAGAUACUAGGUGGCUGGUUGGUUUAGGAAACAAAUUCAGGUGAAUAGGUCAUGGAAGAAGAAAGAGAUUGUUGUUCCACCAAUUCGUCCAUCACCAAGAGAAAGCAUCAUCAGCAACAGCAGCAGCAACACCAAGACAAUCCAUACAGAGGAAUAAGGAUGAGGAAGUGGGGGAAGUGGGUGGCCGAGAUUAGAGAACCCAACAAAAGAUCAAGGAUUUGGUUGGGCUCUUACACCACCCCUGUCGCCGCCGCACGCGCCUACGACACCGCCGUCUUCUACCUCAGAGGCCCUUCGGCUCGUCUCAACUUUCCCGAUUUGUUGUUCCAAGACGACGACGUUUCCACCCAACACGGCGACAUGUCCGCCGAUUCAAUUCGCAAGAAAGCCACUCAAGUCGGCGCCAGAGUCGACGCUCUUCAAACCGCUCUUCAGUCCUCCUCUCACAACCCUUCCACUCACGUCACCUCCGACAAACCAGAUUUAAACGAGUAUCCAAAGCCCGAAGAUUGAUCAAUUCCCUUUACCUUCAAGAGUAAUAUUCAUCCACGAAUCAACCCAAUCGUCUAUGCAUAGGGCUUAAGCUUGCAGCUUCCCCCGUCGCCUAUCUUCUUUUUCUUUUUUUCCUUUCAAAUCCUCUAUAUUUGUAAUAUACUAUAUGAUUGGAGUAAAUAGUUUCUUCCAUGUUUAUUACAACGUGUAGGAAGAAAUAGAAACCUCUGAGAUGAGGCUAACUUAUUUACGAGCUGAGCAAGCAAAAUUAUAUUUACCCUUAAAAAUAAGGAUAUCUAUAUUUUUAGUUGCUCCCCUCGUAAAGAAUUAAACUCACUUUAGUGUUGUUUUUUGUAUUUUUGGUUCUCAUUAUAUGAAUACUAGAGCGGUAGCCACGUAGGUUCUCUCUUUCAUGGGGCAUAUAUAGGGUCUUUUCUCAGGUCAGGUGUGUUGUAAUUUGUAACAAGAUGUCCGUUGGCUGGACCUAAACAAUCGAAUCGAAUUAACCGAGUUUGAUUUGUUGUUUCAUGUUUUCUUUCUGUGUGUUAAAUUGGACGUCAUGUUGUGAAAAUAAUUACUUGGUGUAUUUUUACCCUUAUUUUUUGAAAGUUCUCGAGUUUCUCUUCGCGCUUAAGUUUCUGUUUGUGAGCUAUAUUCUCUCGAGUGUUAUCUUGAUGAUUGGUCCAAAUAUGUGCAAAUGCAAUUCAUCGGUGUGAAGAAGGCCACGGGUGAAGAGAUAAAGAUAGGAACAGCGGUGGCCCAACAAAGCCGCAUUAAUUUGAAACAAACAAACACUAAUGUUUCAGUUGUAGAACAGUGCGAACAAGUGGAUAUAGAGAUAAGGAAGAAUUGAGCACCAAAAGCAGCAGUUGCUUAUGGCAUUGGCACCCCACAAAAACUUUUUUUUUUCUCCUCAAAAGAAUGGGCAAGACUGCGCGGAGAACAGUGGGGAUCGGUCUCAAAGCGAGGUUGUCACUUGUCACAGUCAUGGGAAAGUUCGAGUUCAGGAUAGCUUUGUGUAGCACAGAUUGAUAAACAUUGUGAGAGUAGGGCCUCAGCUAGCUCUUUUUUUUUUUUUAAUUUGGUUUUCAAUAUUACUUCC